AUGCUGUUCUACAGCUCUGACAGUUGUAGGCAGUUUCGUUCACUGAUAGAAUGUGUUAAUCUGGCCAAGUUUCACACCUUGCACCUUUUGUGUGUGUGUGUGUGUGUGUGUGUGUUGCAGACGGGGAGGGCAACUUCCGGUUCUGUGUUGCGGCCAAUUGUCCGCCAGGUAUACCAUUUUUUCCUGUUGGAUAUGCUGAAGAAGGCAGCAGCCCUGGGUUUGCCAUUGGCACAGAGAACGAUGGAGUUUUGCACUCAGCAUUCAAGGCAGGCAGCUUGUGAAGAUCUGGAGAAGGCGGAGCAGCUGUUGUACGAUGCACUGACCGAAGCUUUGGAGCCCGUACAACGAAUUGCAGAAAGGCUGGAAAGAGACCUUGGGGUGCCCUACAUGCACAUUGACACAAGCCUUGCCCCUGGAUUGGACACUCCCUCAAUGACAGAUUCAUUCGAGGCACUGGGCAUUGGGCCAUUUGGUGGACCAGGAACGCUUGCUGUGUGUUCGUUGGUGACAUCAGUACUGAAGAGAAUUCCAGUUAGGAAGGGUGGGUAUUGCGGCUUGAUGCUUCCAGUGUGUGAAGAUGCAGGACUGAGCAAGGCGGCAGCAGAGGGACACUUGCGGAUUGCUGACCUCCUGCAGUAUUCGUGCUUCUGCGGCUGUGGCCUAGACACUGUUCCCAUACAGGGGUAUACAGGGGACCCUGUCGAAGAUAGGACAGUUGAGCAGAAGAUUGCAGGCAUCAUCAUGGAUUUGACGGCGUUGGCUUUUCGACUGGACAAACCUCUGUCGUGCCGUUUGUUGCCUCAACCGGGGAAGAAAUCUGGAGACAAGACAACGUUUCAGAGCCCGUACUUGAUCAACUCAAGAGUUAUGGUGCUGUAG